AUGCGGCGGCAAAGGCUUGCCGAGGCCCUUGGGGAGCGAAAGCACGCGGCCCUUGGUGGGCGGAAACCCGCGUCCCAUGGGGCAAGCGGCAACGACAUUCAUGGCGGCGGUGGAGGACAGGGGGUCGGCCUGAGUGCCGGGACCGGGGCCAGAACCGAAACCGAGCCCCUCGCCCGCGGCGACGUCGAGGCCGACCUGAAAGACCUUCUCAACGCCCCCAUUGAGAUUAUUGGCAACAUGUUCAACUUCAAGGGACCACAAAAGGUCCUCACUGCCAUGCGUAUGAUCGUCGAGAUCUCUAUCUCUGACGGGGCCCAGUCCGGCCCCCUGCCCACCAAAUCCUAUCUGGAGCCUUGCUUCGUAGGCGAUGCCUUUGGCGUCUUUACCAAGGUCGGCGAUAAGAUCUACCCUGGCCCCCCUCUUCAAGCCACGGUGCCCGACCCAAGCUCUUCUGGAACGGGUUCUCCUGCAAGGGUCUCCCCUGAGACUGUCUCUCCUAAACCGGACUCUUCCAGAACGGGUCCGCCCAGGAUUGAGCUCAUCUACGACAACGUCACUCCUCAACGUGUGAUGAUCCAAGGCGAUACCGUCACCAAGCAGGACGGUGCCGACCUGACGAGACGCGUCAUCGACUGUCCGAGCCCCGGCCGGUUUGACCAGCACGAGCAGCGCCCCUGUGGUGACAGUGAGUGCCAGAAGAACCUCAACAUUCGCGUCGAGCCCGCCGAUAUCUUCAAUGCUCUCUCGUUUAUUACCGAGUUUGUAAGUUGCACUGUUGCAGAUAAGUGCAACGCUGCCGAGACCUGCGAUGGCGACAAAUGCAUCGUCUUCCAGCCCGAACGCAAGCCCGCUCCUGCUGUCCCCGUUGACCAGGCACGCCCCGUGCCGAAGAACUUGUUCGCCACCCUCAACUUGGAACUUGACGCGGAGGUCAAGGUUGCUGUCAUCCCUGACUCCGAGGGCCGCGGACCGGGUGAGCAGGGACUCCCGGCCUCUCCUGGAAACUCUGGCCCGCGGCCUCUCAGUGGCCAGACGGCGACAACCACGUCGCCCAUUGGCAGCUCGGUAUCGUCCACAACCAACGCUCAGACUCCGCCAAAGAGCGAUGUGAAGCCUCUAGGUUCGCAAGAAGUCGUGCCUAAACCUUCAGUCAUGCCCGGCGUCAUUAAAGAGCCGGCGACAACCACGUCGCCUACGGGCAGCUCGGUAUCGUCCACGACCAAGGCUCGGACUCGGCCACAGGGCGAUAUAAAGCCUCCAGUUUCUCAAGAAGUCGUUCCCACAGGCCUGAAAAAGCCGGCGGCAAACAAGUCGUCCACGGGCAGCUCGGUAUCGUCCACAAUCAAGGCUCAGACUACGGCAAAGAGCGAACUGAACGCUCUAGGUUCGCAAGAAGUCGUGCCCAAGCCUAUGACCGUGCCCGGCGGCAGUGGCGAUGCGGUGACCAGCAAGUCGUCGACGAGCAGCUCAACACCGCGCACGGUCCACACUCAGCCUCCGACCCUGGACAAUGACACCAAUACACCGCCUGGUGAUGAGGCGACUGUCGGCUGCGAUGCCGUGCCCCAAGCCCAACUUGACAAGAUGACUGUGGAUUUCAAGAAAAAUAAUCCAAACCUCACUGAUCAGGUACAGAACGUCUUGGACGAGAUGGGACUAGCCAAGUUGAAACUGAAGGAUAUGAAGCUGGACACGGAUGAGGCCAUCAAACACGCCGCCCUCGAAUUUUACCUGAACGUGGGUGAAUUGAUUGACGGGGGCGAGAGACGUGCAAAGCUCCUUGAAAUUCUGGGCUUGAAUGUUACGGGCCUUGCAAAUGUCGAACCAAAGGAUGUGGUCAAGGUCGUGGAAUUGGUCCCCAAGCUGCUCACCGACGAAAACAUGUGGCGACAUGUUACCCAGGCGCUGGGCUUGGAAAGCGCAAGCCCACGACGAACUGACUUAUCGGCAGCAGCCGAGAGAGCCCCGGAGAGGCCCAACAACGGGAGCAACUGGCAGGAAGUGGCCAAGACGCUGGGCAUCGAAGAUGUCAAGGUAGCACCAAAGGACAUAUUCAAGGCGGUCUCGGCAAUCGCAGAGCUUCUCACCAGUCCGGAAAAGAGGCAAAAGAUAGCCAUCCUGUUGAUCCAUGAAGAUGUGGACAUUCGCAGCUUGGACUUGAACGCCGACGACUUGGUUGCGGCGGUGCAAAACAUAUUGAGCAUUCUCUUGUGUAAGGGAAAGCUGCAGCUGCUCCUGGCCAAGGCCGACGUUAUCUCGACUCAACUCGCCUUCGGCCAAGGCUGGGCGGCGACGGUUGCCUUUGUCAUGAGUGACUGGAUGUCCAAAUUUGAGAGCGGGGACGGAAAGCAAAAUUUAGGAGAAGUCAUCGACUGGGAAGCCUUCUUUAAGACCGUGAGCGGGCUGCUAAACUGGUACAUCAAGUCCUAG